AAAAAAACAGAGGGAUAUUACUGUAAUUCCGUCAAACACGAGGGGCAAAAUUUUCUCCCGAGGAAUCAAUAUAAACUUCCAAAAAAAAAAGAUAGCACAUAUUUUAACCAAUAAGGAAAAAAAACCCUCGUCCGUACGCUCUCUCUAGCUUUUCUUCUAUCGGAUUCUCCACCGAAAAAAAAAAAGACCCAAGCCGAGGAAGUUCCGAUCAAAUCAGGGAGGAAAAAUGGAUGGAUCAGGAGGAAAAGGAGGGAAGUGGAGUGGAUGCAUUACCUAAUUAAAAAGCUUGGAAUUAACGCUGGAAUUGUUCUUUUGGAAAGGUUAAAAUUGCUGAACAUGCUUUGACUGGUCAUAAAGUUGCUAUUAAGAUUCUUAAUCGGAGGAAGAUUAGGAACAUGGAUAUGGAGGAAAAAGUUAGAAGAGAGAUUAAAAUUUUGAGAUUGUUUAUGCAUCCUCACAUCAUACGACUCUAUGAGGUCAUAGAGACAGCAACGGACAUUUAUGUGGUUAUGGAAUAUGUGAAGUCUGGAGAACUCUUUGAUUAUAUUGUAGAGAAAGGAAGGUUGCAGGAGGAUGAGGCUCGCAAUUUUUUUCAGCAGAUAAUUUCUGGAGUGGAGUACUGCCACAGAAAUAUGGUGGUUCAUCGAGACCUUAAGCCUGAAAAUUUGCUUCUGGAUUCCAAAUGCAAUGUGAAGAUUGCUGAUUUUGGCUUGAGCAACGUAAUGAGAGAUGGUCAUUUUCUGAAGACAAGUUGUGGCAGCCCAAACUAUGCUGCCCCAGAGGUUAUAUCUGGGAAACUGUAUGCCGGACCUGAAGUGGAUGUAUGGAGCUGCGGUGUUAUAUUAUAUGCCCUACUUUGUGGUACCCUGCCAUUUGAUGAUGAAAACAUUCCCAACCUCUUUAAGAAAAUAAAGGAAUUUGCAUUAUUUGUCCUUCAGCGGGGCAUAUACACUCUUCCAAGCCAUUUAUCUCCUGGUGCUAGAGAUUUGAUCCCACGUAUGCUUGUAGUUGAUCCAAUGAAGAGAAUGACUAUUCCUGAGAUCCGCCAGCACCCGUGGUUUCAAGCACAUCUUCCAAGAUAUUUAGCUGUUCCUCCACCAGAUACAAUGCAACAAGCAAAAAAGAUUGAUGAGGAGAUCCUUCAGGAAGUGGUUAGGAUGGGAUUCGAAAGGAACCAUCUGGUUGAAUCUCUUCGCAACAGAAUUCAAAAUGAGGGAACUGUUGCUUACUACUUACUAUUGGACAAUCGGUUCCGAGUCUCCAGUGGCUAUCUUGGAGCUGAGUUUCAAGAAACUAUGGAAUCUGGCUUCAACCACAUCCAUCCAAGUGAACCUACAGCUUCGACUGUUGGACACCGCCUUCCAGGAUAUCCAGAUUAUCAAGCAAUGGGUUUAAGAAGCCUUGAUAGGAAAUGGGCUCUUGGACUUCAGUCUCGUGCCCAUCCUCGUGAAAUCAUGACAGAAGUUCUCAAAGCUCUGCAAGAACUCAAAGUCUGUUGGAAGAAGAUAGGGCAUUACAACAUGAAGUGUAGGUGGCUUCCUAGCGUUCCUGAUCCUGUGCACAAUAAUCACUACUUCGGGGAUGAAUCAACCAUUAUAGAAAAUGAUGGUGUUACCAAGUCACCAAAUGUUGUCAAGUUUGAAGUGCAGCUUUACAAAACUUGCGAGGAGAAGUAUCUGCUGGAUCUUCAGAGGGUUCAGGGGCCACAGUUUCUCUUCUUGGAUCUUUGUGCUGCAUUCCUUGCACAGCUCCGAGUCCUCUAACAUGAGAAGGCUAUAUUUCCAAGGACCCUUGUCCAUGAAUCUCCUAUGAUGCAUGUGAAUAAGAACAUUCCAUGUAUAUAACCCUUUCUUUUUCUUAGUUUGACUAAAACCUUCUCCUUUUUGUUUUGUAACCCUCCAUUUUAGAUGGGUAAUUGUGGACAAUGCAAUAUUACUGUGUUAGUCCAGGUUAUGACACAGUUUGCCUUGAUCAUAACUAGGGUUUUGACCUCGUUAUGACCUAAGGGAAAUUUUUAUGAA